AGUAUUUUGUAAUUUAAAAAUGAAAGAAAAUAGGUGUCAGUGCUGCCUUACAAAUAUUGGUUAUAACGAUAAAAAUGUCGAUUAUUUCUUUGUACAAAAAAAUUAUUCCGAAUUGAUAAAAGAAACGUUUUAUAUAAGCAUUUCCCCAGAAAUAAAUCAGAUUUGUAACCAGUGUUCAAAGAAACUGCAAGAAGCAUCAGAAUUCAAAAACAUGAUAUUGAAAGCACAAGACGAACUAAAAAAAAUUUAUUUUGACAUUGAUAAACCUCAAACAAAUGAAAUCAAAAAUGAUGACAAUGUAAAAAUUGAUGAUAACAUAUGCGAGAUCGAUAAAGAUUCAUAUGUUUCGAAUACAGACAAUAGUCCAACAUUACCGAUUGUGAAUAGAACUAAAAUACAAAAAGCAAUCCGGGAAGACUCCUUAAAACUCCUCAAAUACUCAAAUAUAUGUCUUUUCAAGUCCCUAAAAACGAAAUAUCAGUGCUACACAUGUAAAGAAGCGUUCAUUAAUAUGAAAGAUUUGAGAUUACAUACAAAAAUACAUUAUAACCCAAACAGCAGAUACCAAAAAGUAAAUUUAAAGGGUUAUUCUUCAAAGAAUGCGGACAUAUCAUCGUUAACUUGCAAAUUAUGUGAUCAAGCGUGUGAUGAUUUGGAUAUUUUGAGGCAACAUUUGGAUAGCAAACACAGUCUACAGUUUGGUACAAAUCAACACAUGUUUGUAUUGUACAAACUGGACAACGGAUUCCAAUGUGUAACGUGCAAUCAGAACUUUAAUACUUUUUUACGUUUAUCGACUCAUAUGAACACGCAUUCAACGAACAAUGUCUGUGAAAUAUGUGGCUUAUUCUUCAUUAACCGUCUAACUUUAAGAACACAUCUACAGUCCACUCAUAAGGAGAAAAAAUGUACUAUAUGCAAAGCAAGAUUUGAGAAAAGUUAUGCGAAAACCAAGCAUAUGCGAACUGUGCAUAAUAUUGGCCCCGUUAAAAGAUACUGUUCCUUAUGUGGAAAGGUAUUCAAGCACUCAUACAUGUUAAUAGAACAUGGUAUUAAGGAGCAUGGGGUCAAACGACAGAUAUCGAAAUGUUUGGAUUGCAAUAAAACAUUUUUGUCACCGCAGAAUUUGAAGAUACAUAUGCGGUCAGUGCAUUUAAAGGAGAGGAAUUAUUCGUGUAAUGUGUGUGGUAUGAGAUUUUUCACUAAAGCUGAUGAGAAAAGACAUGGCAGGAAGCAUAGUGAUGUGAAGUUGUAUUCAUGUAGCUACUGUGAUGGGAGGUUCAAGUCGAAGGAUUCGUGGAGACGGCAUUUGAGACGGAUACAUGACAAAUUAAUUGUUGAUUGAAUAAAUUUUUUCGUUUUGUUA